ACUGAAGAACAGACCUUUUGUGAUGUGUGCGGUGUAUGUCUGUAAGCAGACAGCAUUUUAUUCUUGCCUAAUUAGCAUUCUAUCCUCGCCCAUUCAUCGUACAGCCCAUUAUUCCAAAUUCUUCGCCCAAAGCGUGGACAUUGCCUAGACUCUAGACUUUAAGUAUAGCCGCUUGAGAGCUUGGUUUAUUUAGAUUUCGGAGAAAACAUUCUACGGGGCAGGUAUAACAGUUGGGAUAUUAUCAUUGCAGCCGCACCAUAUGGACUACAUAUUCACAAUUAGGAUAUUAAAAGGUCGUUAGCCUAUACAUUUCUUGGAAAGCAAACUAGUAACGAGAACAGAUUCGCAUUCAUGAGUGGGAAGUAAAAUCGUUGGAGAAUCAGCAGCUGUGCUCCGCUCAGUUUCAGUUGUGUUUUGAAACUCUUUGAACUUUUUCCAACCAAUUUUGCUUCGAUUCGCCCUUGCAUUAGGGCGGUUGCCACGGGAUACACACGAACUUGCCUCUGUCAUGGAGAGAGGAGUUUGUAUUAUCACUGCGCUCGUUCUCAUUGUCCAGGAGGCAGUGGGGUUUAGCAUCAGGAACGAGCAGCUGGGCAGGUGUCUGCAGCCCCUGGAGGGUGGCGUGGUCUUGGAGGAGUGUGGGCCAGGCUCGGCCCCCCAGGAGUGGGAGUGGAGGCCCCACACCCGGGCCCUGGUCAACGUGCAGACGGGGGAGUGCCUGAGCGCCAAGCGGCCUCUGGAUCAGGAGGCCGUCCAUCUGGAUGCCUGCGCGGUGGGGUACGAGGAAGCCCAGGCCUGGGUCUGCUCCAAGAAGGGCCACCUGACGCGGCCGGGGGCGCACAGGCUGCACCUCAGCGCCCACCGCGACACCGAUAGCAUCGUCCUCGCCAGGGAGCGCGGCCGGGGGAGUGCUAUGACCGCCCCAAACCUGACUGAAAGUGCCUCAGAGGAAAAGCUCCCCUCCCUGUCCUCCUCCACCACAGACCCAAGCCCCGCCCGAGGACCAGGCCCAUCCGCUGCACCUUUUUUCAGCCUGGAGUACGGGCUGGGCUGGAAGGUGGCUAUGUUGGUUCUCAGCUCCUUGGCUCUUGUGAUUGGAGUGCUCGUCCUCCUCCUCAGCAUUCACUACAACAGGAAGAAGAAGGUGAUGUGCGUGGUGAAGUCGUACGUCCCGACCGGGGAGGUCAGCCAGCAGGGGUCCCCCGUGCCCAACGAGAGAGCCCCCCUCACCCGGCACCCCCUGCGGCCCCCCUCCUCCCCCUCCCUGCAGAGAGGGGAGAUCCUGAUCGAGUGGAAGGACGGCACCGUCACCCCGCUGUUCGACACCAACACGCUCCCCGCUGACUGAGGCAGCACUGCCAGUACCUCACACACUAAUCUGUGUAGAAAAACCUGUCCAUAGUUACAUCAGAACCAAAAAAUAACAAGUAUUCUAGUCUUAUAUUGAGACUUAAACUCUUAUUUCUUUUGUUAGAUAGGAUGAAAAUAUUGGCAAUGAGAUAGGACAGUUUGACUUCAUUGCUGGAAUGAGAAUGAAAUUAGAAAAUUUUACUUGUCAAGCAAAUCUCAUUUCAAGAUUUGCCAAUGGAAUAAGAAAAGUUCACUUGUCAAGCAAACAUUUAACUUAAAACAAAUAUUUUCUACUUGAGAGAUCAUAAAUAAGAUCUUAAGUCUUACAAGACUAAAAAGUUUGUUAACAGUCUUUUUUUGCAGUCUGUGGAGCAAAACACAUUAAUAGAGUUCUAUUCCUGCCCAAUUCUCAUUUUGUUAGUGCUAUCAAGGAGGCAUAUGUACCACGUCUUAAUUUAUUUCUCUUCAUCAGGUUUAUAAUCACAUUCAGGCUUGUGUCUGAGAAACAUUCCUACCUUUUUAAUUGCUGUUCUUUGCCGAAUAUUUUUUAAAAAUAAGGAAAUCUGUCUGUUGAAUUAUGAAAUGCCUCACCUUGAAAGUGACAAUAGAAUAUAAUGCAGUCAUUUUGUUUUAGCCUGAUAUGAAUUGAUUUUGCGUGCUGUAGUAUUAAAACCAUUGUUGUCAUUGGUAGGUGUGUGGAAUCUUCAGCAUAAUUAACCUUUAACUUUUUUCUUUUUUUUAACAGUGCUGAACAGAAAUAAUACCUGUCUCUCCUGCCUACUUGAGUUAAGAUGCAAAACAAAAAAAUAAUGUAGAAUUAAACUGGGAAUGCCCUAACUGAGAAAUGUACAUGUUUCUGUUAAGUAAAAAUUAAUAGUAAUAUGAAACAAUAUAUUUUUUAAAUAAUGUUGAUAGUGUUGGAACUACUACAGUCGGCUAAAAUUCAAAGAUUUAAUACAAUUAUUUUUAAUAAUAUGAUGUUGUUACAUUUAAAAUUUAUAUUUCUAUAUGGUUAUUUCUGUUGUACAAAUGAGUUUUUUUACGGUUUGGCAGUGACCCUGUCUUUCAUACCGCUUUGCUAAAAUAAUAAAAUACUUUUCUAAUGUA